CCCUCCUCGGGGAUGCCGGGAUGUUUACGGGCCCGGCAGGAGCAGCGGGGGGCGGAGAGGAGGUCGGGGCUGCCGUGGGUGUCUGAGCUGCCCGCCAGAAGCCUAGCUAGGCGCCCGCGGCCAGCUUCGGCCCGGCGCUGCGCUUGAAGCGCCCGACAAGCCAGGGAGGGGAGGAAGCCAGUUGCGGGCCCCCGCGCCAGGAGGAGGCGGCGCCAGGCUUCCCGAGUAUAGCUGUUUCUUCUUUCUUGUUGAUGAUUGACUGUCCCCACUUCAGAGCCAAAAUUAACAAACAACUAUCCAGUCGGUGGCGAAUGGAAACCAUGUAUCACUGAGACUAUUAAUAGUGGUUUCCAGAGGAAAAAGGACGUAAGGGACGGUUUUACGUGAUAGAAUGGAUGAGCAAUCACAAGGCAUGCAGGGGCCUACUGCUCCACCAUUUCAGCCACAGAAAGCCUUACGACCUGACAUGGGCUAUAAUACACUUGCCAAUUUCCAGAUAGAGAAAAAGAUUGGCCGUGGGCAGUUCAGUGAAGUUUACAGAGCAACCUGCCUGUUAGAUGGGGUGCCAGUGGCUCUGAAGAAGGUCCAGAUAUUUGACUUGAUGGAUGCCAAAGCCCGUGCUGACUGCAUUAAAGAAAUAGAUCUUCUUAAGCAACUGAAUCAUCCAAAUGUAAUUAAAUAUUAUGCCUCGUUUAUUGAAGACAAUGAACUGAACAUAGUGUUGGAAUUAGCUGAUGCUGGAGAUCUUUCCAGAAUGAUAAAGCAUUUUAAGAAACAGAAGAGGUUGAUUCCAGAAAGAACAGUUUGGAAGUACUUUGUUCAGCUAUGCAGUGCCUUGGAACAUAUGCAUUCUCGUCGUGUUAUGCAUAGAGAUAUAAAGCCAGCUAAUGUGUUCAUUACUGCUACGGGGGUAGUAAAACUUGGAGACCUUGGACUUGGUCGAUUUUUCAGCUCCAAAACUACAGCUGCACAUUCUUUAGUUGGUACACCUUAUUACAUGUCUCCAGAGAGGAUACACGAAAAUGGUUACAACUUCAAAUCUGACAUCUGGUCUCUAGGCUGUCUGCUGUAUGAGAUGGCUGCACUGCAGAGCCCUUUUUAUGGUGACAAAAUGAACUUGUACUCCCUGUGCAAGAAGAUAGAACAGUGUGACUACCCACCUCUCCCUUCAGAUCACUACUCGGAGGAACUGCGACAGUUAGUUAAUAUGUGCAUCAACCCGGAUCCAGAGAAGCGACCAGACAUAACUUAUGUCUACGACGUAGCGAAACGUAUGCACGCACACACUGCCAGCAGCUAAACAGGCGUCAGAUCGCGAAGAGGAGAGCAGAACUUACCAAGUGCUUUAAAUAAAUCAUCCCACAUCUCUGUGUGUGUGUGUGUGUGUGUGUGUUACAGAAAUGUAAUUAUUUGACGCUUACUGUUAUGCUUUGAGUUGUAAGCCAAUUUAUAUACAAGCUUUGUUGUUUCCUGUUUAUUUCUGGGGAGGGAGGGGGGGUGUGUGUUGUAUUUUUUACUACCUUGCAGUUGUACAACAGGUUGGAAUACCUGAAGAUAAUGCUUUAAAAGAUACUGAGAGCCACCUCCUUUUCUUUGUUGAGCGAGUUCAAAUAUAUUUGUCUUUAAUAGCAAAGUUGUAUCGAGUCAGGCCUCGGUUCCAAAACACAGUUGCACUUUUGCACAUGAUACAGAUAUUGGGCUUGUUAUCCAGAAGCAAAAUGUCUGAAUCUCUCACCUUGUUAGUAAUUUAUGGAAGGUAUGAACCGGCACAGUUAACUUUAUUCGAGUGUCCGUUCUAGGAGAAGCAUAAUUGUUAUAGUAGGUUGUUGUAUUUUAUAUUGAAUUGUAGUUUGAAGUUCUUAGUGUAAGAGCAGAUGGGCCUUGGGUUUAGUUCUCUGCUUACCAAACGUGAUGGUAAAGCAGUUUCAGGAAAAAAAUUGUCAGGCUGUGAAAGUUUUUGUAACAUCCUGGUUUUGUUUCGUUGCUCCGUCACCAUGCAGGUAAAACAUUUCUUGAAGGUUUUCUGGGACAACUUAAGGGGUAAAUUUCAACAGACUGGGGCAGCACCUGCCUGGGGCAGUAGGAUUCUAUGUAGUUAGCUGUGAAAACGAUGCAGAUGCUUCUUGUAGCAAACAGGGUUCUUUUUGAGGCCAGCCUUUAUGACAAGAUCUGAUUAAAAGAUGCUCUCUUUAAGUUACAGCUUCCCAAC